UCACCGUCGACAUUAAACAAUUGACGUAGCAGGUAUUGAUGUUUUUCAACCAUGAAACUUAGAAUUGUCUGUAGUAGAAAAGUGUCUUCAAAUAUCCAACUUCAAAAUAUGCCAAAUAUAUUAUAUAUUAAUAUAAUUAAAUAAAAUAAACCAACAGAAAAAACUACUCAUGCUUCAUAUAAAAUGGAUUAAAUAUCCCAAAAAAAUGGUUGAAUUGCUGAAUGGUAAUUCCAUCAACAGCCAAGAGACCAUCAUCCCUCUUCUGGGUUGCUCAUUUCUUUGGGUAAAAGCGCCAAUUUUUGCUCGAUUUCUUCCAAACCCAGAAAAAAGGUUGACUUGGUUCAAUUGAGAUAUUUGUAAUCCGAGGGAGGUGAUCACGGGUAUCUAUUAGCACGAGCUCGACAUAGAAAGAGGACAAUGAGUGUUGUCCAUUGGAAAGGUGGAUGAUUAUAGAUUCUUGAGUUACUCUAGGUUCACUUAUGCUUUGCUUUAUGGGUAGUUCAAGUUAGCUUAUGGUUUACUGACAAUGAUCAAUUGGAUAGCUUCAUGAGUGAGAUUGGUCUUAGAAGAUAAGGUGAUAAAAUGGUAGCUUAUGGCAGGGAGACAUGAUUAGGCUCUUGCUUGUGAAGGCUAUCGGCAUGCAAGUUCUGUUCAGAUAAUUAGUGAUACUGCCCCACAAUGAUUGUUUCUGCGCUUCUGACGUCUGUUGGAAUAAACUCCGCCCUCUGUAUAUUAUUCUUUGCACUGUACUCUAUCUUAAGAAAACAACCAGGGUAUCUUUAUGUAUAUGUGCCACGCUUAUUGGCUGCAAAAGGGAUUGAAAGGAAUCGCCUUAUCCGCCUGAAGCGGCUGUUACCUUCUCCUGGUUGGGUAAAAAUAGCAUGGAAACUUACUGAAGAAGAAUUGUUGUCAACUACAGGCUUGGAUGCUGUAGUUUUCAUAAGGAUCAUCAUCCUCUGUUUGAAAAUAUUUACUUUCGCUGGGAUUAUAGGCCUCUUUAUUCUUCUUCCAAUCAAUUGUUCUGGGACGCAGCUUGCAGCAUUCGAUAUUACUGUCAUCUCCAAUGAAACCUUGGAUUUAUUUACCAUUUCCAAUGUUAACAAUGGGUCUAAAUGGUUGUGGGCUCACUGCUCUGCUGUAUACUUGAUGACUGGCUUUGUCUGUUAUCUACUCUAUCAUGAAUAUGAUUACAUUUGUUCGAAGAGGAAUGCAUACUUUUAUGCAUCCAAACCUCAGCCACAUCAAUUUACAAUCUUAGUACGUGGGAUCCCUGUUACUCCUGGGAGCAGCGUGAGUGAAAGUGUUAACAAUUUCUUUAAGGAUUAUCAUCCCACUACUUAUUUGUCUCACGUGGUGAUUCAUCGGACAAAUAAACUCUUCUAUCUUAUCAAUUUUGUGAAGAAAAUGUAUAGAAGACUAACACAUAAACAAUCAGAAUCUGCCAAAGAAUAUUCCAGGCAUAAUGGUUCUUUUGGAUUGCACAAAUCUGAUCGUGAGCAGAAGCUGGGGGAUCUAGAAGAAAACCUGAGAGCAGAGCAGUCUGAUGAUGCAUCUGGGCAAGAAGUACGUUCUGCUUUUGUAUUCUUCAGAUCAAGAUUUGGUGCUGCAAUUGCUUCACGUUUACAGCAAUCUGAAAAACCUACAGAAUGGGUUACGGAGCAAGCUCCUGAGCCAAAUGAUGUGUACUGGCCAUUUUUCCAAUCAACAUUCUUGCAUAGAUGGAUGUCUAGAGUGGUGAUAAUAAUCACAAGCAUACUUCUUACUGUACUAUUUCUCAUACCAGUUGUGCUUGUGCAAAGUCUUGCCAAUCUGUCCCAACUGGAGGUCUGGUUUCCCUUCCUGAAAGACUUUUUGACUGCAAAAAUGGUACGUCAAGUAGUUACAGGCUAUCUUCCAAACCUUAUUCUCCAAAUAUUUGUAAAACUGGUGCCUCCUGUCAUGGAGUUCCUUUCAUCAAUUCAAGGACAUAUAUCUUACAGUGAGAUACAGAGAAGUGCAAGUGACAAAUUCCUUUGGUUUAUCGUAUGGAACAUCUUUUUUGCUAAUGUGCUGUCUGGAUCAUUUUUCAACCUAUUUGCUGUUCUCCUUGAUCUCAAAAAUAUUCCUUCACAUUUAGCAGUUUCUGUCCCAGCACAGGCAUCUUUCUUCAUUGCUUAUGUCGUCACUUCGGGAUGGACAAGCACAACAGCUGAUCUCUUUCGAAUUAUUCAACUUAUCCAAAGCUUAUUUCAAAAGUGCUGCUGCUGUAACAGAACACAUUCAAAUGAAUUUGAUCUUCCAUAUAUAUAUUAUCACAGGGAGAUCCCCAAGAUUCUAUUUUUUGGACUUUUGGGCAUCACAUACUUCUUCCUGGCUCCGCUCAUUUUGCCUUUCUUGUUGGUCUACUUCCUCCUUGCAUAUGUAAUUUUCAAAAAUCAGUUUAUACAUGUAUAUGCUCCAAAGUUUGAAACUGCUGGAAGAUUUUGGCCUACCGUUCAUAACUGCAUGAUCUUUUCACUGGUACUGAUGCAUGCUAUUGCUCUGGGCAUCUUUACAGUGAAGAAACUUUCAUCCGCGUCGUCACUGAUUUUCCCUCUUCCUGUACUUACGCUUCUGUUUAAUGAGUAUUGCCGGAAACGCUUCCUACCAAAUUUUUCCAUAUAUUCUGCUGAGACCUUGAUAAAGAAGGACAGAGAAGAUUUAAGUGAUCCACAAAUGCCGAGGUUCUUUACCGAGCUGAUUACUGCCUAUAUGGACCCUGCAUUAUCUCCUUUGCAGUGCUCAAAUUCUGAUUGUCAUAGUGUUCCUAGUUUCUCUGAUAUCUCCAAUGAUCAUAUAACUCCGCUCCUAUCUCUUGAUUAAGUACUCGUACAAAGUAUGAUUGUGUAUUCGGCUUGCAAAUUGUGUAUUCAUUCUUAUCAGCCAUCUCACAACAACGAAUGGGUUUUCCUCCCAAUCUUGGCCUUCUCCAGCAGAAAGGAGAUGCUGCAUUCUUAUAUAUGUAUGUAUAAAUAUACCAUUGCGUUUCUGCUUGUGUAUAAUAUUUGCCCAUGAAGCCAAGCUCGUGUGUGGAGGCGACGCUGCGUGCCUGCGUGAGCCGCUGAAACUUUGUUAGUGUAAUCAUUGUACAAUUUUUUAGGAUAUGUUAGCUGAUGAUAUAGAGAAAAACAAAAUAAGAGCGCAUUGUUGUACUUUACAUUACCCAUUUUUCAAAUACAGAAAAAGUCGAUCAUAUUGUUCAUUAAUUUGCUGCAAAUUAAACAAACUAUGUAUUCUAGUUGUAAAGAAAGAAUUGAUCCAUUUGGUUAUGUAAUACUUCGUAUGUUUAUGAUGUA